CAAACUUUUCCCGUCUGUCUCUUUCUCCGCAACUCUUUGCGAUUAUAAGGUGAAAUAAAUUUAUCCCUUUCAAUCAAGCCGUCAGAUUUUGCCAACAUGGCUGAACAAAUGACUCUUCGUGGCACCCUGAAAGGACACAAUGGCUGGGUAACUCAAAUUGCCACAACUCCGCAGCGCCCAGAUAUGAUUUUAUCGAGUUCUCGGGACAAGAGCAUUAUUAUUUGGCGUUUGACAAAAGAGGAGACAAAUUAUGGGCAUGCAGAACAUGCUCUCACAGGACAUAAUCACUUUGUCUCUGACGUUGUCAUCUCAUCUGAUGGACAAUUUGCUCUUUCUGGCUCAUGGGAUAAAACUCUUCGACUAUGGGAUUUGAAUGCAUGUAAGACUACUCGAAGAUUUGUUGGUCACACACAUGAUGUCAUCAGUGUGGCAUUCUCUGCUGAUAACAGACAAAUUGUUUCUGGUUCACGGGAUAAAACAAUAAAGUUAUGGAAUACACUUGGGGUUUGCAAGUACACCAUUCAGGAUGAAGGACACACUGAUUGGGUGAGCUGCGUACGUUUUUCACCAAACACGCAGAACCCUAUCAUUGUCUCGUGUGGCUGGGACAAGCUUGUAAAAGUUUGGAACUUGACUAACUGUCGUCUAAAAACGAACCACAUUGGUCACAAUGGCUAUCUUAAUUGUGUAACUGUCUCACCUGACGGAUCACUGUGUGCAUCGGGAGGAAAGGAUGGUAGUGCGAUGUUAUGGGAUUUGAACGAAGGAAAACAUCUUUACACCUUGGAAGGCGGUAAUAUCAUUAAUGCUAUGUGCUUCAGCCCUAACCGUUAUUGGUUGUGUGCUGCUACGGGAUCAACCAUAAAAAUCUGGGAUUUGGAAGGGAAAUCUGUGGUUGAUGAGCUCACUCAGGAUGUUGUUGGGGCGAGUGGUAAAAUUCUUGCACCCGACUGUAUGUCGCUUGCGUGGUCCGCCGACGGGCAGACAUUGUUUGCCGGAUACACGGACAACGUUAUAAGAGUAUGGCAAGUUACGCGCGCGUAAUGGUCAUGGAUACGUACGAUUUCAUCGUGUAAAAUUUUGAAAAUUAAAAAAAGUAAAAGUUGCUUGUGAA